CGGAGACUGGCGGGCAUGGGCCGCGCAGCCGCCGGCUCCCCGGGUCGUCGCAGGCAGCGGCGCCGGUUGCUGGCCGGGCGGCGGCGCCGAGCCCCCCGGAGGCGGAGGGCUCGAAAGUGCUGUCGCAGGAGGGCGCGCCCCCGGCUUCCGCCGACUCCCAAGAGCCCUGGGCAGUGCACGUCCCGCGACGACUGGCGCAGUGCUCGCUCCAUGCACGAAUUCUCAGCUAAGGACAUCGACGGGCACAUGGUUAACCUGGACAAGUACCGGGACUACGUGUGCAUCAUCACCAAUGUGGCCUCGCAAUGAGGCAAGACGGAGGUAAACUACACUCAGCUGGUCGACCUGCACGCCCGAUUCGCUGAGCGUGGUUUACGGAUCCUGGCCUUCCCUUGCAACCAGUUCGGGAAGCAGGAGCCAGGGAGUAACGCCGAGAUCAAAGAGUUCGCUGCUGGCCAUAACGUCAAAUUCGACAUGUUCAGCAAGAUCUGUGUGAAUGGGGAUGAUGCCCACCCACUGUGGAAGUGGAUGAAAGUCCAGCCCAAGGGGAGGGGCAUGCUGGGAAAUGCCAUCAAAUGGAACUUCACCAAGUUCCUCAUUGACAAGAACGGCUGUGUGGUGAAGCGGUACGGUCCCAUGGAAGAGCCCCUGGUGAUAGAGAAGGACCUGCCGUGCUACCUCUAGCUCCACAAGUGUGCUCCCCCGACCCGAGCCUGCCGCCUGUGCCCCUCGGAGCCUUCCACCCGGCGUCCAUGAUGGUCUGCCUGAAAACCAGCCCCUGGUGGGGCAGACCCGAGAACCCGGCGUGCACCCCUGCCGGAGGAAGGUUCCUCGGCCCGGCUCACGGCUCGGCAACCCCACCCCCUGCUGCCUUGUGGGAAUAAAACACACAAUACAAAUUGA